AUGUGCGUCGACUUUACAAACUUAAAUAAAGCUUGCCCAAAAGAUGCAUAUCCACUGCCUUGCAUUGAUAAAUUAGUUGAUAAUGCCUCUGGUUAUAAAGCUUUGAGUUUUAUGGAUGCAUACUCUGGAUAUAACCAGAUUCUAAUGCACCCAGAAGACCAAAGCAAAACAGCUUUUAUAACAGAACACGGGAAUUUUUGUUACAAGGUAAUGCCCUUUGGCCUAAAGAAUGCAGGUGCGACAUAUCAAAGGCUAAUGGACAAAGUGUUCCAACAACAGAUAGGCCGCAAUAUGGAGGUCUACGUAGAUGACAUGGUAGCAAAAACACCUUCGCAGGGGUCACACUGUGACGACCUAGUAGAAAUCUUCAGACAACUCCGAGCAUAUAACAUGAGACUCAAUCCAGACAAAUGCGCGUUCGGAGUACAAGGAGGGAAGUUCCUGGGAUUCAUGUUAACAUCUCGAGGCAUCGAGGCCAACCCAGAAAAGUGCAGGGCCGUGCUGAACAUGGCAAGCCCAAAAACGGUAAAGGAAGUCCAGCAACUUGCAGGACGAAUAGCUGCCCUGUCACGUUUCCUACCUGCAGUGGCAAACCGAUCUUAUCACUUUUUCCAGACAUUCUCUAAAGGCAGGAAGUUCAACUGGACAGACGAAUGCUGGCCGACGAUAAAACGGGACUGCAUCACAAAAGUCAAAGCAUGUGAUAAUUGUCAAAAGCAUGCCACCCUCUCAGAGACCCCAGCCGAAGAGCUCCAUACCAUAGAGGUAAGCUGGCCUUUCGAUACGUGGGGAUUGGAUAUCCUCGGACCCUUUCCGAAAGCGCCAGGCCAGGUAAAGUUCCUCUUAGUGUCAAUCGAUUAUUUCUCUAAGUGGAUAGAAGCACAACCACUAGCACACAUAACAUCAGAAAAAGUGCGAUCUUUUCUAUGGAAAAAUAUCAUAUGCAGAUUCGGUAUCCCAAGAGAAAUAAUCUCAGAUAACGGAAGACAAUUUACAGACCAUAAGCUCGCCGCCUUUCUGACAAACUUUAACCUAAGGACCGAGCUCUAUAAUCAACCAAACAAUCAACAAGCUCGGUCAGUCGAACUGGACCUCGUAGAAGAAGACAGAGACAUCUCCGCCAUAAAGCAGCGAGCCAGAAAACAAUACCUAGAGCAAAGACACCACAAAAGAGUAGUUCACAGGUCUUUCAACAAUGGAGACCUUGUACUCAGACGAACAGAAGAUGCACGAAAACCACCAGCACAUGGCAAAUUAGCAGCAAAUUGGGAAGGUCCUUUCCGAGUUCUCCAAAACCUCGGAAAGGGGGCUUACAAAUUAGAAACCCUUAGAGGAGAGCAAUUUCCGGGAACAUGGAACGUCUCCUCUCUAAAGGAAUAUCAAUCGUGA